UCUAAGUUUCUUAUACUCAUUGAACUUGUAUAUUUGUGCAGGUUUAGUUCAAUAUUAAAGAAUCUUUCUAGCUGCUCCAAGUUCUGUUUUGCAUUAUGAUUGUACCAAAGCGUUCACAAAUAUCAACUCCAGUUCUGCAGCUUCUUCAGCCAGAGGACCAAGUGGUAAUAGAUAAUGGCAUAUUCCAACUCAGAUUGACAAAUCCAGGAGGAAAAAUCAUUGGAAUUCAAUAUAAUGGGAUUGAAAAUUUGUUGGAACUCAACAACCCAAUCUUGAAUGGAGGGUUCUGGGACUUAAACUGGAGUGUACCUGGAACUUCUGGAACAAGAGGAAAAUUUGAUGAGAUUGAAUGUAAUAGUUUUAAAGUUAUAGUGGAAACUGAAGAACAGAUAGAGCUCUCCUUUACAAGGACAUGGGAUCCUUCACUUCAGGGCGACCAAUCCCCGUUAACCAUAGACAUAAGGUACAUAAUUCUUCAUGAUUCGCCUGGUUUUUACUCUUAUGCUAUUUAUGAACACAAAGAGAAUAUGCCAGCAUUCAACCUCAACGAAACCAGGAUAGCUUUCAUGCUCAGCAUCGAAAAGUUUCGGUACAUGGCUAUGGCAGAUGAUAGGCAAAGACUAAUGCCCCUUCCUGAAGAUCGGGUACCUCCAAGAGGGAAGGAAUUGGCAUAUCCAGAAGCAGUCCUGCUAGUCGAUCCUGUGGAGCCAGAAUUCAAAGGAGAAGUUGAUGACAAGUAUCAGUAUUCAUGUGAGAACAAAGAUAACAAAGUCCACGGCUUCAUUUGCUUAGAUCCUCCUGUGGGAUUCUGGCAAAUUACGCCAAGCAAUGAGUUCAGAACAGGUGGACCUAUCAAACAAGAUCUUACUUCUCAUGUUAAUCCAACAACUCUGGCUAUGUUCAUGAGCACUCAUUAUGGAGGCCAGGAUUUUGUGACUCAAUUUGGAUCAGGCGAACAAUGGAAGAAAGUUUUUGGACCUGUUUUUAUAUAUCUCAAUUCUGUAGCAGACAAGACUGAUACACUUUCCCUAUGGGAUGACGCGAAAGAACGGAUGCACAAAGAAGUCGACUGCUGGCCUUAUAGUUUCGCGAGUUCAGAAGAUUUUCCAAAAGCUGACCAAAGAGGUGCCAUCCGUGGUAGAUUAUUAGUCAAUGACAGGUGUAUAAGCAAGGAGUAUUUGUCUGCAAAGGGUGCUUUUGUGGGACUAGCUCCACCUGGAAAUGCAGGAUCAUUUCAAAGAGAAUGCAAGGGCUACCAAUUCUGGACGAACUCGGAUGAUGAAGGCUAUUUCUCAAUCCAAAAUGUUCGUCCGGGAGACUAUAACCUCUAUGCUUGGGUACCUGGUUUCAUUGGAGAUUACAAAUAUGAAAAAUCCAUAGCAAUUACUGCAGCUUCUGAUGUUGAUAUCGGUGAACUUAUGUACGAGCCUCCGAGGAGUGGUCCUACAUUGUGGGAAAUCGGUAUCCCUGAUCGUUCUGCUGCAGAAUUCUACGUUCCUGACCCUGAUCCACAGUAUAUCAACAAACUUUACAUAAACCAACCAGAAAACAGGUUUAGACAGUACGGAUUAUGGGAGAGAUAUGCAGAUUUAUAUCCAGAUCAAGAUUUGGUAUUUACAGUUGGAAGCAGUGACUAUAAAAAAGAUUGGUUCUAUGCUCAGGUGACAAGAAAAGUUGGUGAUAAAGCAUAUAAACCUACAACAUGGCAAAUUAAAUUCAAUUUAGAAAGCAUUGAUCAUAAUGGAAGUUACACACUCCGUAUUGCGCUCUCAUCUGCAACUUCUUCUAUAUUGGAGGUAAGGGUGAAUGAGGAAGAAGCAAAUCCACCACAUUUCUCAAGUGGAUUGAUUGGAAGUGAUAAUACAAUUGCCAGACAUGGAGUCCAUGGGCUGUAUUGGUUGUUUAAUGUGGAGGUAGCUGCAGGACAACUCUUUCAAGGAGAGAAUAUCAUAUACCUCAAACAAGCACGGAGCGUCAGUGCUCUCAAUGGGAUUAUGUAUGACUAUAUUCGUCUGGAAACUCCUCCUCUUUCCGCCAUGUAUUAUAAGUACUUUUAAUGGCACAGUCAAGAACAGUUCUUGUGUGUUCAACUAAACAAAUUGCUUUUGUUGUAAACUAUGUAUAAAAUAAGAUCACUCUCAUUGUGAACCCAUAGACUCUGGAUCCUAAUUUCGUCUCUAGGUACGGAUGAUUUACAGAAAUGCACCCAUUGCUGCUUGUGUUUGUGUAUUCAUUGUUUCAAAUAUAUAUAUAGUAGAAUGAUAUUUGAAGACUU